GAAAAGUACCCUUAAAUACACAGAGAAUCCAAUUAAAUUGAUAAACUGCAGUCGUUGGACUUAAUUUUCAAUAACCUUAACAAUUCUUUCAUCAGAUAAACGCACGUCGUUCAUCGAACUGAUCUUAAACAGAAAUUGUUUUCCAGUGUUCAAAUGCUCUUUUUUCCUGUCUAGUUCUGUCUGUGGUUCUACAUUUAUUGUUAGAAAUCAAGAGUGUUCGUUCACUUACACAAAUAAUGACAUGAUAGAAUUAAAGAAAUUCUGAAGACGAUAGAAGCGCACAUUGCUAAUCAGAUAGAUGCUGUCUGACCCAUACAUCCAUCAUUUCAAUUUUUUUUUCGUCAGUACCUUAAAGACAAAUGUUUGGAAAGAAAGAAAAAAUGGGUGAAAAAAAUCUUCGAGAAAAUUACGAUGAGAUCAUAGAGUUUCUUGAUGAAUAUUAUAGCCAACAAACGUCCACUAGAAAAUUUGAGCCUCGUUAUAAAAGCGAAGAACUUUCCGAUGAUUCGCAGAUUUAUGUGAAAGCCAACAAAGCUAAACCCGUUGGAAGUGGACUGACAAAGGUGGUGGAGCUUUUUAAAUCCAACCCAGAAGAAAAUUAUGGUUUCAACAUCAAAGGAGGUCUGGAUCAACCUGUCAUUAGAGAAGACACUGGAAUAUUCAUUACAAAGAUUCGUCCAAAAGGAGCAGCUGCUAGAGAUGGAACACUUUCACCUGGAGAUCGAAUUCUUGAGAUCAAUGACAGGGAUUGCAGAUUUGUCAAUUUUCAGACUGCUGUGGAUUUAGUGAAAAAUUCCGUCAAUAAAGUUAGAUUAAAAAUUGAAAAAAAUGCAAUUGAGAUUCGAAUGAAACCCAAAGAUAUGAGCGAGAAAAUCAUUGAAAUAACGUUACCAAAAAAUCCUUCAGACUCUGCUUCUGGUCUUGGUUUCAACAUUCGUGGUGGUGUGGACCAUCCACAUCUCAGUUAUGAUCCGGGAAUUUUUGUUACGUCAGUAAGGCAAAAUGGUGUCGCGGCUAGAAAUGGUCAAAUGCAUCCUGGUGAUAAAAUACUUGAAAUUAACGGUAUUGAUGUGCGUCGAGUACCCAGACAAGCACUACUUGAUCUCAUCAACGAAUCCAAGAAAAAUGUUCGCAUUAAGUUAUUGAAAGAUGCAUUAAAGAAUAUGAUUAAAGAAAACGAAGAAGGAAGUGUUGACGUAAAUCGUGGUCCUGUUCUUCUAAUUGAACUCAAUAAAGGAACUGAAGGUCUUGGUUUUAAUGUUCGUGGGGGAAGUGAUGCUCCUUACCUCGCGGGAAAUCCUGGGAUAUUCGUUACGUCUAUACGUCCUGGUGGGGUAGCUGACCGUGAUAAGAGAUUGAAACGUGGGGAUAGGAUACUCAAGAUCAAUGGUGAAGAUGUUCGCGAUGUACCUCAAGAGAAGGCUGCUUUACUUGUUCAGAAAUCUCAGGGAAGGAUAUCACUUCUUGUCGAAAAAGAAGCGGAAAAAUACUAUAACUCGUCUCUCAAAAAUAAAGAGGAUGUUGAUGAAGAUGAUCUAAUUGGUGAAAGAGGGUGUUUCUUUAAGGAUGGCAAACGUAGAAUUGACUUCGUUCUUGUCUAUGUUGAAGAAGAAAAAGCACUUCCACCGCGUCACGCUGAGUUUAGAAGAACAUUCCUAGAAAAUCUAGCGAAAUCUCAACUGGAAUUCGAAGAAGAUAUAACACAAGAUCGAAAGAGCAAAGUUCAUUUCGUUAAACUUCAUGUUCCUUGGGAAGUUUUACUCUUUUACGCCGAGGAACUAAGCUUUCGAGCUCCUCUUAAGAUUCGAGGUUCAAAAAAGAUAAAUUGGAGUGAUCGAAUGCUUACGAAGUUCCGUUUACCAAACAUAUUUAAAGAUGACGUACCUAAUCAACCUCCUGACUACUUUACUGCUGAGUUCCAGGCGUCUAAAUUAGACAAAUUCUUGGGAAAUGAAAAUCGUGAUACAUAUUUCAAAGAUACGGAAAGGAGCCGAAUUGCAUAUGAAAUUUUGGAGACUGCUCCUUAUGGCAAAAAACAAAGGGGAGAGAUAGGUAUUGAAAGAUUAGUUGAAGAGAAAGUUUUUGUUGCCUCCUAUCCUCUUCAUGUGGGCCCCUACGAGUUACCACGCGAAUAUAAGGAAGGACCUGACAGUCCUGAGGAAAUUAAUCUUAAUCAAAGACAGGUUUUAAAAGAAUAUUGGGCAAGAUGGGGAAAAUGGGUGAAAUAUCAACCUCUAGAUCACAUUAGGGAAUAUUUUGGCGAAAAGAUUGGAAUAUACUUCGCAUGGCUUGGACAAUAUACGGCAUGGCUGUUAGCUCCAUCGUUUAUUGGAACACUUGUUUUUCUUUAUGGAGUGAUAACCAUUCACGGUCCGGAUAACAGACCUGCCUUGGAAGUGUGCGAAUAUCCUCCAUGGACUUUUAAAAUGUGUCCAUUGUGUGAUGAGGAUUUAGGUUGUAGAUAUUGGGAUCUUAAGAUGAGCUGUGGUACGGGAAAGAUCGCCUAUCUGUUCGAUAACGCUGCCACUGUAUUUUAUGCUGUCUUUGUUUCGUUUUGGGCUGUUUUCUUCCUCGAGUUUUGGAAAAGAAAAGAAAUAACGUUAGCUUAUCAUUGGGACGUCUUGGAAUAUGAAGAGGCUGCUGAGCGGCCUCGUCCAACAUUUGCAGCUUUAGCUCCCACGGUUGCGAGAAAUCCAGUUACAGGAAUCAUGGAACCUCAUUUUCCUGAAGAGAGACGAUCAAAUCGUGUUUUCUCUGGCAUUGCUGUUAUACUUACUAUGGUUUCCUUAGUUUUAGUCUUUAUGGUCGGUGUAAUUGUAUAUAAACUGUUGGUGUACAGACCGCUGGCUAAAAAUUCAUCAACAAAAGCAAAAGCGCAACAGAUUGCAAACAUGACAGGAGCAAUUGUAAAUUUAAUGACUAUCAUGAUUUUAAGUAGGGUUUAUGAAAAAGUUGCUCAGGCUUUAAAUCAUUGGGAAAUGCAUCGGACACAAACUGAAUAUGAAGAUAGUCUGACGUUCAAAGUUUUUUGUUUCCAAUUUGUCAACUUCUACUCUUCGAUCUUCUAUAUCGCGUUCUUCAAGGGAAAGAUGAUUGGUUAUCCUGGGAACUACAACAGAUUGAUGGGUUUACGUCAAGAAGAAUGUGCUCCUGGUGGCUGUCUGAUGGAACUGGCCCAACAGUUGGUCAUUAUAAUGAUUGGAAAACAGUUGAUCAACAAUAUACAAGAAGUCAUGAUACCUGUGGUAAAACAAUGGAUAGCGAGGAAGAAGAGGGGUAAGAAGGGAGAUGAAGUAAAAACUCGAUGGGAACAAGAUUAUGAACUUAUUCCAAAUGAAGGACUAUUUGGUGAAUAUCUUGAAAUGGUUCUUCAGUUUGGUUUCAUUACAAUUUUUGUUGCUGCUUUUCCUCUCGCCCCAUUCUUCGCGCUUGCCAAUAACAUUUUUGAAAUCCGUAUCGACUCUGAUAAGUUUGUAUGCGAAGUGCGUCGUCCAAUAGCUGAUCGUGCUCAGGAUAUUGGUAUUUGGUUUAAUAUUCUUGAUGCAGUCGCUAAGAUUGCUGUAAUUAGCAACGCAUUUCUCAUCGCGUUUACGUCAUCAUUCUUACCCAAGCUCUUGUACCGUUACUCGGUCUCACCAGAUGGCUCUUUAGAAGGAUACACAAACUAUUCUCUAGCUUGGGCACCAGCUAAUACCACGAAAGAGCCUUGCAGAUAUUUACAAUUCCGCGAUAAUAAUGGCUCCCAUACAGGUUUUUACUGGCAUUUACUUGCUCUCAAGCUAGGUUUUGUUAUAAUAUUUGAGCAUUUUGUCUUCUUUGUAUCCGCGAUGAUUGAUCUUCUCGUUCCUGAUAUUCCUAAAGAUUUAGACAUACUCAUCAAACGAGAGGCCUACCUGGCAAAACAAGCGUUGGCCGAACACCAAGGAGGAGGACUGACAAAGAGUGAGGACAGUCUGGAUGAGCUUGAUGAUGAUGGUGUAUAGGGGACAUCUGAGGACAAAAACACAAAGAUGAUGUCCUAAAAGAUCGGGGUGUAGAAUAGUAAAAUUCAUCAAUUGUUUCAAAGUCAUUUGUCGAUAAAUUUGCCACUAAUCAAAGGUUUUACAAGAAAACAUGGAAAUCAUUAUGUCAACAACUGUCGCUGCUUAUACAGACUAUUUAAUGCAUUGAUUUUCCAAUUUCUUGUGUGCAGAUACAAUCUUUUAUUCAUAUAAUAUUAUGAAACACAGCUGAAACAAUCUUAUUGAUAAAAUUAUAUUGCCUGAUUUAUUUCUUAUUUAAAGCUAAUUUUAGUAUUAAUUCUCGAGAAUGUCUAUUGAAUUCGCAGCAGUAAGUUGUUUCAUAUUAACACCUACACACAUUCAUCAAACACAAUUAAAGAUACGUGACUGAUUAGCUUUAUAAA